AGCCGUCAAGUUGUGUCCGUGUCGCGGUCGCGUCAGUCGUUCAAAUGUUUGUUGUUGUCCAACCGUUUUUUUUGUGACUAUUUUGUUUAAAAACUAUUGCUAACGGGAUUUGUUGUUGUUAUUAGUGAACAUCUUUAGUGUUAGUUUUGUGUAUGAUAUUGAAGCGAAUAGCAAAGCAAAUUAAAACAGCACGCGUCUCCUUUUCGGCAACAACAAUAACAAGUGCAAGAAGAUGACGCGCAGGGCGCAGCAGCAGCAAAAGCAGCGGCAGCAAAAGCGACAAUAACAACAACAAUUACAUCGACAGCUGUUUGCCCAAUUGUGGUAAAAUCGAAAAUUAAUGUAAAGCCAGUCAACGAAUUUAUAAUAAUGAGUUUAUUGUGAAAAAUACUUGUCAACAACACCAACAGCAUCAGCUCAGCAAUCGAAAACAAACGGAACAACUCAAAAUUUACGGUUUUUUUUUGUGUGUGUCUUGCUCCCUGUACGUUUGUGGGAGAGAGGAGAGUGAGAGACGCCACCCAACUGCGACCACCACAAUAACAAAAGCAACGGCAAAAACAGCAGCAAAAACAAAAAGAAGUGUUUGCAAUUUUUUUUUCGUGUGUGUUUUUUGUGUUUUUUUUUUUUUGUUUGCCUGCGCAGUUUGGCGCUCUCACGUGUUUGCGCCGACUGCGACGCCGGCUGCGACGCUCUGCCGCGUUUUGAUAAAUGCAAAGAAAUUCCCAUGCGGCCGUUUAGUACAUUUUCUACAGCUUAUUUCGUGUGCCGCCUACUGUUACAUUUGUGUACAGUGUGACUGCUGCUAAGAUUAUUACAUGGACUUCUGCUGCUCCUUACGUUGCUGUUAUUGCUGAUGCUCCAGCAGCGAUGUAGCUGCUUUACUGGGCAAGCCAAAUAUCCCAUUUACUUUUGGACAACAGCGCUGCCUGCAGUGGUCAUUGAAAACACAGAGAGCGAGAGAAAGAGCGUGAGCUGCUGUCGCUCGGCUAAAUGUCUGACGAAGUGCCUUUGGGUCGUUUAUCGCAAAUAUUCGAUACGCUUACCAACUUACAACAGCAGCAGCAGCAACAGCAACAACAGUUGCAGCAACAUCAGCAGCAGCAACAGCAGCAUCAGCAGCUGCAACAGGCAGCGGAGCAGCGACGUCGUUCUGCGUCAUCGUCGCCAUCGCCGUCGGCAAGUGCCUCAGCAUCGACAUCGGGUCGUGGCACACCCGCGCCCGCCCCCACGCUGGGCGUGGCUGCCACACAGACGUUGUACUACACGCAUACGCACAACUAUUUUCUACGGCCGCAAGAUGGCGCCAGCUAUCUGCACACCUUUCCCGCUGCCACAUCGCAGCAUGCCUCACACAAUUACCAUCAACAGCAGCAGCAGCAGCAGCAGCUGCAACAUCAUCAUCAGUUGCAACAUCAUCAGCAGUUGCAACAACCGCCAUCGCUGCCCAUACAUUUGCCGGGUUCCGGUUCCGGUUCUGGUUCAGCGUCGGGUUCGGCUUCUGGCUCCGGCACCCAGUCGUUGCAUGCCUCGCCGCUGCUCGCGAAGCGUGCCACAUCGUUCAGCGGCCAGAUGCCGUUGACGCGUGCCGCACAGUUGCAUGAGGCGCGUCUCGUCGCCGCCUCCACCGCCCCCAACAGUCCGCGUUUGAUGCCGCGUCGCGUGCCACGCCCACCGCCCAUACCGGCCAAGCCCAGCGCCAAGGAGCUGCAGAGCUGCACGCAGUCCAACGCUGCAACGAAUGCGGUCUGCGCCGCUCUCGAUGCCCCCGAUGCACCGUGGCCGCACUUUUCCACGCUCACCGAGCAUCUCGACGUGCAUCAGCUGAACAAUUAUGCCCAAGCGUUGCCCGAGAUCAAUUGGCAGGAGCGUUGUCUGGAGCUGCAGCUGGAGUUGCAUCGUUCAAAGAAUCAAGCGGGGCGUAUACGUGAUAUGCUGAGAGAGAAGUUAACGGAGCUGGAACAGCGCGUCAUCGAAGCGGAAGAACGCGCCGAAGAAGCUGAAGAUAAGGUGCGUGCUAUGGAGCAGCGGCUGAGUGAAUGGCCAAAGCCCCAAGCACAACAGCAGCAACAACAACAACAGCAACAGCAAUCGCAUAGUCAGCACUCGCAGCAGAGCACGGCAACGAGUUCGCCCAUCCACCAGCAACAACAACAACAACAGCAGCAGCAACAGCAGCAACAGGCAGUUGCAGCAGCAGCUGCAUUGAGCGCAGCACUUGCCACAAGCGGCACAAGUGCCACAUCCUCGUCAACGACAUCGGACGCGGCGGAGAAGACAAUCAGCUCAUUGGAAAUCCAGGUGGAGGAGCAACGUCAGCUGCGUUUGCAUGACGCACGACAGAUCGAGGCCAAAGCUGCCAAGAUCAAGGAGUGGGUGAACAACAAGCUACGCGAUCUCGAGGAGCAGAAUCAAUUGCUGCGCGAACAGAACAUCAAGUGCAACCAGCAGCUGGAGCUGCUCAAGAAUCACAUUGCCAAUCAAUCGCAGCGACACAGCAUCGUCGGACCCGUGCGCAACAGUCUCAGCUUGGAUGUGCAGGACUUUGCCAGCACCCCGGAGACACGCAGACGCAGCGAGAGUCUUGAUCCCCAGGAGAUUAUCAGUCGUCCGCUGACCAGCUCGUAUCCGCAUCAUCAGCAUCGACGCAAUCUCUCGAUGGAGCCCCAGGAAUUGGAACGCAAUCUGGUGGCCGCAGUCGACGGCCUGACGUUGGCCCCACUCUCCAGCAUCUCCAGCAAGGCGGCGCAAUCGACAGCGGCCCGUCCGGAUAGUUCCGACACGGAUACUGCGCACGAUUAUGCCGAGAUCUAUACGCCAUCGUGUGAGAAGUUACCCGCAUGGAUGAAGAAUAAUCCCGCCUUGAUGGCCAGCGGCGGCAACUCGAGCACCACCACAACGACGACCAGCGAACUGGGCGUGCCACGUCCCCCCACGCCGCCCUUGCAUCGCUUUCCCAGCUGGGAGGCCAAGAUCUAUCAGGUGGCCAACGAUGGCCUCGCAGGCACAGCCGCAGCUGGCAAUGGGCAUGGCAACAGCAGCACGGCGGACAGCAAUGAUCACAGCCAUGCCACACCGGAUGUGCAGCAGCAGGAGCAGCACAGUCUGACCUUGUCCAAUGGCCGUGGACGUGCCCAUGGUCAUGGACAUGGUCAUGGUCAUCAUGAGGGUGGUGGCGGGGGAAACAGCGGCACGCUGGGCAGCAGCGGGACACCGGGAACGCCGCAGCCACCGACGAGGCAACAACAAACCGCCAGCGGCGGCUUCUGUGAUAUCUCUGUGCCCGUCUAUGCCACGGUCAAGGGGCGUGCCUCGCAGAUACGCUCGAUGCCCUUCACCGGCGACUCCAGCGAUGAUUCGAGCGAUGGCGAGGAUCAUGCCGUCAUGCUCACCCACAAUUCGCACAAUUCCUCCAGCACGGACAACACGGAGACCUCCACAUCCGGCAGCGCUUCGAGUCCCUCGAAGAGUCUGAAGACCUCGUCGAGCUUGAGUCCCGCCAAGCGCAGCGGCUCCGAGAGUCCCAAGAAUGCCAAAGCGCGUGUACUCACAACAAUGACAACACGCACCACAACAACUUUACACCAACAACAACAACAACACCACCAACAACAACAAGCACAUCACCAUCACUAUCAGCAUCAUCACACGUUGCCACACGCUCAGGCGCCACCGUUGGUGUCCGUGCAACAUGUACAGAGCACGCUGCCACGCCUACAUGCCACGACAACGCUCACGCCCACGCCCACGCCCAUGACCAUACCCAUGACCACGCCCACUGGCGCGCAGCUGACGCAACUGCGCGUGAGUCCCCACAUGCGUGGCACAGUAAUUUCAGAUCUUUCCUUUGAAUCAGGCCUCUCCGACGACUACGCCCUGCCCCCCGAUGCCGUCUCCGAGUCAACGUGCAUGGACGCCUCGAUGCCAUCGCUGCUCAUGCGUCAAUCCUACGUCGAUUCGCCCAGCAAGAAGCUCGAGUCCCUCGAGAAGAUGGGACACCUGGCCAAGCUGGGUGGCAAGCUGAAGACGUGGCGCAAACGCUGGUUCGUUCUAAAGAACGGCAGCCUCAACUACUGGAAGAGUCAGCACGAUGUGCAGCGUAAGCCGCAGGGUCAAAUCCAGCUGGACGAAGCCUGUCGCAUUAGUCGCGCCGAGGGCGCUUCCACAUUUGAGAUCGAUACGGGCAAGAAGGUCUACUAUCUGACAGCCGAUUCGCACGCUACGAUGGAUGAUUGGAUACGUGUGCUGCAGAAUGUGCAGCGUCGGAAUGCGACAAAGUUGCUGCUCAGUCGCGACGAUCAGAAGCCCACGGUGCAGGGCUGGGUGACCAAGGUGAAGAACGGCCACGCCAAGAAGUGUUGGUGUGUCCUGCUUGGCAAAAUGUUCCUCUACUUCAAGGCACCGGCAGAAACCAAUCCAUUGGGACAGAUCAACAUGCGCGAUGCGCGUGUCGAGGAGGUGGAACAUGUGUCCGACUCCGAUUCGGAGGAACGCGAAGAUGCCGCCCAGGAUCAAGCACGUCUCACGGUCGCCAUCUAUCCGGCACACCAGGGUCCCACGUAUCUGAUACUAUCCGGCAAACCGGAGCGUGACAAUUGGCUCUAUCAUCUGACCGUGGUAUCCGGAGGGGGACCGAGUGCGGGCACACAAUACGAACAGCUGGUGCAGAAGCUCAUGGAGACCGACGGCGAUCCAAACUGCGUGCUUUGGCGCCAUCCCAUACUGCUACACACCAAAGAUACCAUCGCAGCGCCCUUGUCCUCCAUGCACACCGAGUCCAUGCAGCCAGAGGCCAUUAAACUCUUCAAGAGCAUUCAGCUGUUCAUGUCGGUCGCUGUCAAUCAGCCGGGAAUCGAUUAUCAUGUGGUGCUCGCCCAGAAUGCUUUGCAACACUGUCUGGACAUGCCGGAGCUGCAAACCGAAAUGAUCUGCAUACUGAUCAAGCAAACCUCCCGACAUAUGGGCCAGAAACUAAGUGUCGGUGUCCAGGUAAACAAGAAACUGGGCAAGCAAACGCGCCAACUACUAUUGUGCGCCACCCAAAGCCUGUUCACCUGUGAUACCCAACAGGCUGGACAAGCUCAAGCCAACGGCAGUUCGCCCACAUCGAUACAGGCGCCCGUAUCGACGCCCAUCAUUGACUGCAAGUCCAAUCCGCCCGCUUACAGUUUUGUCCAGGGCUGGCAAUUACUCGCCCUCGCCGUCUCGCUGUUCGUUCCCAAAUCGAGUCGCCUGCUCUGGUAUCUCAAGUUGCAUUUGUCCCGCAAUGCGGAUACCAAAACGGAGACGGGCAAAUAUGCCGCAUACUGUGAGCGAGCUCUGGAGAGAACCCUCAAGAAUGGGGGACGCGAAACGAAACCGUCGCGCAUGGAGGUGCUAUCGAUAUUGCUGAAGAAUCCAUAUCAUCACUCGCUGCCUCAUGCGAUACCCGUGCACAUGAUGAACACUACUUACCAGGUGGUGUCUUUCGAUGGAUCCACAACGAUUGAGGAGUUCCAAUCGACAUUGGCUCAGGAGCUGGGCACACGCGAUGCAACGAAUGGCUUUUGCCUGUUCAGCGACGAUCCCAUCGAAAAGGAUCUGGAACACUAUCUGGAACCCCUGGCCAAGCUCUGUGAUGUGAUCAGCAAGUGGGAGACGGCGCUGCGAGAAAAGGGUUCCGGCAAAUUCGAGAACUCACGCGUCAUACAGCUGAGCUACAAGAAUCGUCUCUACUGGAAGCACACCAUCAAAUGCGAGACGGACAAGGAGCGUCUGCUGUUGUGCUAUCAGACGAACGCGCAGAUUGUUCAGGGUCGCUUCCCACUCUCCCGUGAAUUGGCACUGGAGUUGGCCUCCUUGAUGUCCCAGAUCGAUAUGGGCGACUAUUCGCAUGAGAAGUCACGUGAUGUCUUGAAGGCACUGGACAAAUUCUAUCCGUAUCGGUAUCGCGAUGCGCUCGGUGCCGAGCAGCUGAAGGAUGUGCAGGAGCUGCUCAUCUCGAAGUGGACGCUGCUCAAGGGUCGCUCCACCCUCGACUGUGUGCGCAUCUAUUUGACCUGCUGUCGCAAGUGGCCCUACUUUGGUGCCUGCCUCUUCCAGGCCAAGCCACGUCAAUGCGAGCCACACGCUGCUGCAGGUUCCCCGGUCGCCUGGUUGGCUGUGGCAGAGGAUGCGCUCAAUGUGCUCGAGCUGUCGACGAUGGCGCCGGUGGCGCGUUAUCCCUACAGCACUGUGAUGACGUUUGGCGGCUGCCAGGAUGACUUUAUGCUGGUCGUGUCGCAUGACGAUGGCACGCUGGCCGGCGGCUGUGAGCAGAAGCUGCUGUUUGCGAUGAGCAAACCGAAGAUACUGGAAAUAACGCUCCUGAUUGCCGACUACAUGAAUGCCUUGGGUCACACGGUGCCGGGAACACCGCAAAUGAAUUCGCUGACACGCAACGGAUCGCAUCGCUCGUUGCGGACCUCUCAGCGGCCAGCGGGUGGCGGUGGCGGGGGCAUUGCCGGUUUGACUGCUGUGGGAGCGGCAAGCAGCAUCACUGGCUUCUCCACGAAUGCGACGACAACGGCGCACAACACGCUCAACUCGCAUGCCACGCACACGCUCAACUCGACGCAUUCGCAUACGCUGAGCAGCUCACAUCAUGGCGGUGCAGCUGGAGGUGGCGGUGGCGGUGGCAGUCAUCAGGGUACGCUGAAUUCGCAGAGCACGCAUCAUCAUCAUCACCAUCAUCAGGUGGCGCAUCCGCAUCAGCCGGAUAUACUCAAGAGCACGCCCGAUCAUCAGCGCAUCAAGUGAGCAUCGGGAUCAUCAUCAACAGCAACAAAGUGUACAGGAGGAAUUACAUAUGCAUAAACGAACAUACACAUACAUAUAUACAUGAGACCCAUACAUAUACAAAGAAGCACUUAUAGCAUAUACUAUAAUAACACUGCAGCAGUUUAGGGUUUAAGCCAACGUAUGCCGUAAAGUAUGCCACGAUCGCUAGUGACAAACUUUAUGCGCUACUCAACACUAUAACAACAACAAGUUCUUUCCUAAGCUAAGCUACUUAUUGGUACUCACAGACAAGCUUAAACACACAUAACAUAUAUACAUAUAUAACGUAUAUUGUAUUGUACUAUUGUAAACACCAUUAAUUUUUUUUUGAAUAGCUCUAAGAAGUACCGCAACGUGUUAGGUACAUUUAUUAUUAUAUUCAAAGUAUGUGUAUUUUCCUAUAGAUAUACAUACCACUCUGCAGACAAAAAACAGAUUUUAGGCGUACAGUUACAUCUACUAUACUAUAUACUAACUAUAUAUGUUUUCUUCACUUUAUUUUUUGUACAAAUCUUUUCUUAAACACUCUCUCCUAGCUAAACGAAACAAACACAAACAAACAAAAAAAAAAAGGAAAAAAGAAAACUAUCUAUCUAUCUGCUUCGUCAUGAAUCUCACAUUGUCCCUCCAUGCUCAAAAACUGCCUUUUGAAUGUAGAAGACAAACAAAAAGAAAAACCAAUAUUACGAAAUCAAGAAACCAAGAAGCCAAACUAAACAAAAAAAAAAAAAGGAAAUGCUUAAUAACAUUAGGGUUAGUCAUGAGAAGAAUUAAAACAAAAUAUUUUGUACAACAUUUUUCAUGCGCAGGCAAUAGGAAUAUCUUUUUUUUUAAAUAUUUUUUUUGUUUUUUUUUUUAAUGACAAAAUAACUAGUACUAUACUAAUAUAUAUAGAGAGAUAUAUACAUACAUAUAAAUUUAGGAAAUAAUUAUGGUUUCUGCUUUUAUUAUUUCACAUAGAGAGCAGAAGAUCAACACACACUCACUCACACACACACAUGUUUUCGAAAGCAAAAAUAUUCACAAUUAUUUCACCUUUUAAAAUGUAUUUUGAAUUGUCUCAAAGUGUCUAGACUCUGUUCGUUCGUUCGCUGAAAACCAAACUAAUAAUGAUAAUGAUAAUGAUUUGUGUAAACGUAAUAAAUAGCCAACCGAUCACAGCCAGAGCUUCUAGUGAAACAUAACAAAUUUAAUCGAAUAUAGCAAUUGCAAUUGAUAUACAUACAAGAAAAACAAAGAAAUUCAAACCAAAUAUACAUAUAUACAAUUUAUUUGUGAUGUAUACAAAAAAAAAGGAAAA